AUGAGGCUGAACAUAAUCGGUGCUGGUCAAUUCAGUAUUAUUCACAAACUGAGUGAUACGGUCGUUCGGAAAGUUCCAGCCGACAAGUCAUACUUCUACAGCGCCCGUGCCGUGGAAAUAGAAGGUCGAGUGUAUGGUCACCUUGGAAGGAAUAAACGAAUUGCACGGUGUAUCAACUGGGGCGACGAUUUUGUCGACUUACGAUAUGAGCGCAAAGGCGAUCUCGAGACUUAUUUGAAGAACACUCGUUUGACGGACCAUGCGAAAUACCGUAUUGCUCGACAAGCCAUUAAGGCAGUUGCCUUUAUUCACAAAAAAGAUGUUAUUCAUUCCGAUCUCAGCGCUCGUCAGUUCCUGAUGGACAAAAAGUACAAUAUCAGACUGUCCGACUUCGGCGGGUCGUCAUUACAAGGUUCUGAGGCGAUCGUUAUGGAGAACGCUUCGCAUUUCUUACCGCGAGAUGAGGAUUCGUCGAAUAGUGUACAGAGCGAUUUAUUCGCUCUUGGGUCUACUAUUUACGAGAUCUUACUCGGCAAGAAACCUUACGAGGGAGCCGAAGAAGAUGAUAUCCAGCGUUAUUUUUCCCAGGGGGUCUUUCCAACACUGGAGGAAAUCAGGAAUUGGCAGUGGGAGAAUGUUAUUCGCAAAUGCUGGAAGUGCGAGUACGAUUGUGCGUCUGAUAUCCUUAAGGACACUCUAUCUCCCUCAUGCUUUAUGCGCGUCUUCGCCAGAAUCUAG